GUUAAUUCUAUGUAACCCCCUACAACUUUAAUAAUUUCUAUUUCUACCCCUUUCGGUUUUCUUAAAUUACAAAAGGACCCAAAGUGGGUUCUGUUCGAGAGGUAAAAACGGCGUCUUGUUAUAGCGUUUUGUCACUGACAAGAGUACCUAAAAGUUCUUGCUCUCUGCAAAAGCGUCGUCAUCUGCUUCAGUUCCGAGUCUCUUGCUGUUCUGAACCAAAGCCGUUGUUCAAAGGUAAGCCAAAUUGUUGGCUUUGUAUCGUUUGAUUUCCUUUCCCCUGAAUUCAGGCAGUGAAGUUUUGAGCUAGUUCGCAAUCAAUUAUGUACUUGAAAGAAGGACGUUCUCUAUUGUUGAAAGUUCAGAAACGUUCAAUACCAUUUAUUUUGAACACAAACCCAGCUUUAAAACCCCACAAAGAAUCACAAACAGAACCAAACCAGACCCAACUCGAAGAAUCCCAAGUACUUAGCAGAUUAAAUAAAGAACCCAACAUGUCUUUAGCUUUAAACUAUUUCAAGUCCAUUGCCAAUUCAAAUUCCUUUAAACACACCCCAGAAACAUACCAAUGCAUGAUCCAGAAGCUUUCACUUGAAUCUGAAAUAGAUGGUAUUCAAUAUCUUUUGCAUCAGAUGAAGUUAGAAGGAAUUAGCUGCAGCGAGGACUUGUUUGUAAUUGUGAUUGAUUCUUAUCACCGAAAGGGGUUAGGUGAACAAGCUUUGAAAAUGUUUUAUAGGAUAAAGGAAUUUGGGUGUGAGCCGACUGUUAAGAUUUAUAACCAUGUGUUGGAUGCGUUGCUUAGUGAAAAUAGGUUCUCGAUGAUUUAUCCGAUAUAUAAUAAUAUAAAGAGAGAUGGUUUGGAGCCGAAUUUGCCUACUUACAAUAUUCUUUUGAAAGCUUUGUGUAAGAAUAAUAAGAUAGAUGUGGCUUGCAAGUUGCUAAAUGAAAUGGCGAGUGUGGGGUAUGCUCCUGAUGCUGUGAGCUAUACAACUAUAAUUUCUUCAAUGUGUAAGCUUGGUAAGGUUGAAGAAGCAAGGGAGCUUGCAAUGAGAUUUAGAUCGCAUGUGAGUGUUUAUAAUGCGUUGAUAAGUGGAUUUUGUGGGGAAUACAAGCUUAAGGAGGCAUUUGGUUUAUUAAAUGAAAUGCUGGUGGAGGGAUUAGACCCUGAUGUUAGAACAUAUUCGAUGAUUAUCAGUUGCAUUUCGAGUGUGGGAAACGUUGAGUUGUCGCUUGCAGUUUUGGCCAAGAUGUUUGUGAGUGGAUGCAGCCCCAAUAUCUAUACCUUUUCUUCUUUGAUAAAGGGGUAUUUCGUGGCAGGAAGGGUGCAUGAAGCUUUCGACUUCUGGAACCAGAUGAUUAGAGAGGGACUUGAAGCCAAUGUGGUUGUCUAUAACACUGUAAUACAUGGUCUCUGCUUAAAUGGAAAGGUGAGUGAGGCUGUAUCUGUCUCCUCUCAGAUGGAGGAAAAUGGCUGCACUCCAAAUGUAACCUCAUAUAGCUCUCUUAUUAAUGGAUUUGCAAAGUCCAGCGACUUGGUUGGUGCAUCUGAAACAUGGAACAAAAUGAUAACUAAUGGUUGUCAUCCCAACGUUGUGGCAUACACCAGCAUGGUGGAUGUCCUUUGUCGGCAUUGCAUGUUUGAGCAAGCUCAUUCUCUUAUAGAGAAGAUGGUGUUGGAAAACUGUCCUCCUAACACAGUUACUUUCAACACAUUUAUCAAAGGUUUAUGUAGUAGUGGAAGAGUGGAAUGGGCAGUAAAAGUACUGGAUCGAAUGGGGCAUUAUGCUUGUGCACCUAACAUAAUUACAUAUAAUGAGCUACUGGACGGUCUCAUCAAAGUAAAUCGACUAGAACAAGUAUUUGGGAUUGUGAGAGAGAUUGAUGAAAAAGGGAUAGAAUGGAAUUUAGCCACGUACAAUACCAUUUUGUCUGGAUUUUGUCAUGCUGGUAUGCUAGAGGAAGCUCUGCAACUUAUCGGGAACAUGCUGCUUCGAGGUACAAAACCUGAUGCAAUCACAUAUAACAUAAUAAUCUUUACAUACUGUAAGCGAGGUAAGGUGAAGAUCGCUGUCCGAGUUUUUGAUCGCAUUAGUGCUGGAGGUGACUGGCAUCCAGACAUAAUUUCAUACACUAGUCUUCUUUGGGGCCUCUGUAAUUGGAUUGGUUUAGAAGAGGCCAUCAGUCUCCUUAAUAAGAUGAUAAAGGAAGGGAUAUGUCCCAAUGUUGCAACAUGGAAUGUGUUAGUCCAAUGCUUGUUUAACAGCUUAGGUCAUUUGGGACCAAUUCACAUCUUGGAUGACAUUCUAGGUAAUGGGUGAGAGUGUGUUCAGCCAGGAUUCUUUUUGGGCCCAUGCAGAUAUGUUGCUGACUAAUGAUGACAAAUGUAACAGAUACUUCUGUUGACUAACUAGAUGUGCAUGUUGCCAAUCCUUUGUGGGUUUACAUGUUUAAUCAGAGAAGGCUGAAAGUAAACUAUGUGCCUUUUGAACCACUGGGUUCUGGCAGAUAAGCAGCCAUCAUCAUUAUUAAUGCACUGAUCAUGUAUCUUAAAAAAUCAUUCUCAGCCUAAAUUGUUCAUCCACUUGAUUCUCGAUUAUUCUGUCAUGUCUACCAAGAACUGGCUUUGAUUCCUGGAAACCUUGUGAGGCCCUGGAUUGUGUAAUUUUUCAUUUAUUGACCAGACGAUCGCAUUGACAUUUGUGUCCUGUAAAGAUAUAUUUGCGGAAGAAAUGGACUUGUGCAGCUUUUCCGACCAUGUUUUUUUCCAAGGCUUAGCAAGAAAACGUUGUCCAAUCUGGAAGAAGCGUGAGAUUCAACAUCGCUAUGCAAUCUGGAAGAAACAAGAGAUUCAACUUCUCUAUCCAAUCUGGAAGAAACGUGAGAUUCAACAUCGCUAUGCAAUCUGGAAGAAACAAGAGAUUCAACUUCUCUAUCCAAUCUGGAAGAAACGUGAGAUAUACUUCUCUUACAUCUCUCUUUGACCUUUUGGACAUGUCUUCCUCAAAACCAUCAUCGCAACUGUGUGCUGAGAUUAUGUUUGUGGCUUGUUCUUCAAACCUUCACCUAAACAAUUAACGCUUUAACUACAUGAGAUGAUUUUGCUUUUUCAUGAGCUCAACUAUCCUAAUAACAAUCCAAGUUACGAAUCCUAAUGGGAUUUUAAUUGUCUUGUACGACUUUUGAAAUGAAGGAAUAGCCAAAUUUAUCACAAAAGACUCUCUCAGAGACACGAUACUAAGUUCCCAAUGGCAAUGGCUGAUAGGAUAAAGCAAGAAUUUGUCGUUGAUGAUGGUUGAAGAGACAUUGCGGUUUAUAGUUGUCGGAGGACUGUCAUUUUCAUGGAAAAAUAUUUACACGUUAUUGUAAUCAAUUAAGUUUUA